ACUCGUAUGACAGCUAACCUUAACCUUGGAACUGAUAUGUUUAUUGUUUCUUUUAUCUUAAAAACACUCUGGUUAGUGGAAUAAACACAGCAAUAUGGCGGCCGACCAAAUCAUCCUCUACGGCUACCGUCUCUCCUCUUGCACAUGGCGCGUGAGGGCAGCUCUGAACUUCAAGCGCAUUCCCUUCGAAGAGCGGAAGGUGGACAUCGUGAAAGCGCAGGAACAACUCACAGAGAAGUACCGCGCCAUCAACCCGGCGCAAAAGGUGCCUGCACUGGUUAUAGAUGGAGCAACCUUAGUGGAAUCUAUGGCGAUUAUUGAUUACUUGGAAGAUACGCGGCCAGGUCCUAAGUUGACACCAGAAUCACCGCUAGCCAAAGCUCGUAUGCGAGAGAUAUGUGAGAUUAUCGUGUCAGGAAUCCAGCCGCUUCAGAACUUUGGACUGAAGCUACAAUUUAAUACCGAAGAGCAGUACUUGAAGUUCUCCCGACACCACUGUGAGCGCGGACUGCAAACUCUUGAAGAACUACUAAAGAAAAGCUCUGGGAGCUACUGCGUUGGAGACCAGCUCACGGUGGCUGAUUUGUGUCUUGUGCCACAGUUAUUUAACAUCACAACAAGAUUGGGAAUGACAAUCGGCAAGUAUCCAACAUUGUCUGCGCUCUUCGCCAAAUUGCUAGCUGAACCAGUUUUCAAAGAAACUCAUCCGAAAUCGAAGCAAUAGAUAAAUCUUGUACCAAAACUUUGUUUUUAAGUCUAAUACAG